GCUGUCCAUCGCAGCGCGUUGCUUUGGCACACGAGCGACUUUUCGUAACGCUGCAAAAAUAAAAUCAAUGCUGGUUGUUAUGUGUGUAUAUGUAUGUUUGUAUGUUAGUGCAAAUACGAAGAUGAAUUCUCGUUAAACGAAAGGAAAAACGGCUGGUAGACGCGCUAUGAAAACCGUACGGAGCAUAGAAACGGGCAUAACGGUGACAGCCACGAGCGACAAACGACGGUGAUAACGGCGACAGCACUGGUGAAAUUCUAAUGCUAUAACAAAUGUGAAGAAUCAGUUUUAAUAAGAAAUUACUAAUAAAAAACAGAAAAAUUUUGAGCCAAAAUUAAUAAACGAAAUAAAAUAAAUAUAUAUAAUAAAAUAGUGGGCUAUAUAAUAUUUGCGCUACGUAACGGUAAAACAAAAUUCGUUAACGAAAGUGAAACCGAUUGAAGGUUGCUGUUUGUGUGCGGGUAUUUGGCGAGCCCCUGAAUUUUAGGCAAAGAGCUACAGCAAAAUAAAAAAAAAAACUAACGAAAAGCCUGCAGAAAUAAUUAGCAAAUAAUUUAUGAAAAAAGAAAAAAUAUAUUGAAUUUGUAAGGGUGAAAUUUGUUUACAUUACGCCAGGAAAAAGUGUGUAGCGAUUUCAAGUUUAGUUGUCACGUGACACUGCUUGCAGCAUUAAACUCAAACACACAUAAAGUUUAAGGAUAUUUUUCGGCCGAGCGCGCGUGCUAUAUACCGAAGAAAGUGCUCUAAAAUAGUUAAAGCAACAAAAGCAAAAAAAAUCUCUACAUAUGUGUUUUAAAAAUAUAAAUACUUAUUUCUUUGUUUUCUACAUAAUUGAAUAAAGGUUUGCGACAACUUUAAAUGAAAGCUCAAUGUCAUAGCUUGAAGUCAGUGUAAUUGCAACAACAAUAGCAAAGCUUAUAAAUAAAUACUAGAAAUCAGCAGCAGCAGCAACACACAGCCAAUCAAUUGCAACGAAUUACAAUAUUUUAAAACUAGAAAAAUUUGAAAAAAAAAUACAAACGGAAAUAACAAGUUUAUUAGUCAACCACUAUCAACUGACAUAACAGCGGCAACAAUAACAACAAUAAGAAAUAAAAGCCAUUUUUUGAAUCAUCCGUACGAAAAAAAAAUUGUUUCUCUAAACCACAGCAAAAACACCAACCAAACAACAACAACAAGAACAUCAACAAUAGAUUUCUACAAAAAGCGCAGCUAGAACAACAAAUAAACAAAUAGAGGAAAAAACAAGAUUUAUAUGCACGUUUGUAAAUAAGUAUGUGUGUGUAACGGCAAGCGAAAUAGUCAAUUCACGAUUACAUAUUCGUAUACAAAUGCCUUCAAUUCUAUAUAUACGUACAACGUUUUAUAUAUAGAAGUCUUAAAGACAUUAACAGCAAAGCUCAUACAAAAACAUUCCCAGUGUAAAAAACAACAACAAAUACCAAUGCAUUGAAAUCUCCGUACGAGGAACAAAAGACAUAUGCCAAUAACAAACACAUCAAACUCAUGAAUUCACAUCAAAUGCAAACAAAACGAAUGUGAUAUUUAUAAAUAAUUUCAAAAAUUUACGCUUAAUGUGAUUGAAAGUGCAUCAGAACUCGUGUAAAACACGAAAAACUCAAAAUUCAUCGCUCAGAAAAAAUAUAUUCAUCAGCAAACCGAAAUCGCGAUAAACUCAUCAGUUUUACGAAAGUAAAAAACAUUUAUAAAUAUAAAAAAACUCAAACAUAUGUGUAUCUAUGUAUACGAAACGCUCGAAGCACUUGCGAAUAAAUCCAUAACUCUCAGCGUGUGUGUACAAACAUAAUUACCUGCACACAUACAUACGUACAUUUAUGCGCAUAACGGUGUGUUUUACAAAUAUUCGCCAACAUCAGCUUCAUUCAAUGUAUAACAACUGCAUCCGCACCUCCCGCGCAGCAAGCACAAGCCAACACAACGCGCAUCUAUUUAUUUAGUACAACAACAACAUAGAGCGAUUACAACUAUUUAAGCAUUCUCAUCGAACUCACCAAAUCGCAACUGACAUUUGACAUUUAAUACAGCGAUCGAGGCAUCCAGCAACAAAAAAAAAACAAAGAGCGGCAACAUCUCCAUCGGCAACUGCGUUCAACGUCAGUCACAUAUCGAUACAUACAGACAUCACAGCAAGUGUGCGAAUUGACACCUACUUGCACAGACCCGCACCCAAGACCAGCCGAGUCAUUUAGUUGGCAGUCCAAUAACAAUUACGUCACUGCAUCUGUCAUCGCACGCUAAUUGCGGCGUCUGAGCAAACGCAUCGCAUUGACUAGCGCUAAGUCAGUUAGUAAGUCAGUCAGUCAGUUGGCCUCAGCCUCAGUUCUCUGCAAAGACGGCAAGAAAGAACAGAGUAAAAUAAAGAACACGGUCACGUCGUUGGAGUGUAGCCGAGCGAAUUUUUGAGCGCUGAGCCAAUAAAGCCAGAGAGCAUAAGCUGCAGACAACGAGAAGUGGACAAAAGUGUUCUUUUUAACGUUUAAGAGAAAAGUAUAAAACAACCAAAAUAGGUUCACGCAUACCCGUCUAAAGCGUAAUUGUUAGUGCAACAACCAACAACAACAACUACGUAUAUUGUUACACAACUAACUAACAACAAGUAGUGAAAUACGACAACAGCGCAUAAGAGUCUAGCUAAGACAAAAACCAUUGCGGUAAAAAUUAAGUGAAAAUUGGCAACAGCGCAAGCGUCUAAGACACAAAAACGCUGUAAAGAACACUAACUCCUAUUAAAAAGGAAAUAAGAGAAAAAGUGAUUAAACCGAAAGCAAAUAAUUUGAAGUAUUGCAGUGGAGAAACCGUCACAAGUGACCCACGUGGCAGAGAAGCACAAGAAACCUAAAAUAUAUAAAAAGAAUAUAAAGCUAUCAACAUAAUUCCGGCCAUUAGCAGCAACACUACGCCCAUUAAAGAAAAAAACUUUACAUAUAUUUAAUUGAAAGACUGAAAGCUCAGAGAAGCCACGGCAUUAGUACCUAUUAAACGCACACAUUCGCAUACGCAUAGAGAAAGCAAAACGGCACACUUGUUGUUGCCACAGCACGCGCACAACAUGACCCAACCCAACUCACCUGCAACGCUACAGCAACAGUUGCAAGUGCAGGCGAACGGCUCGGCAGAGAGCCUCAUGAGCAACGCCUUCGACUUGAUUGGCGGCGCGAGUGCCGCGCAGCAGUUCUUGAAUCACAUGGACUUGUAUGCCCAACAACAGCGCCAGCAACAGCAGCAGCAACAGUUGAACUAUCUGCAACAGCAGCAACAACAACAGUUGCACUCACAAUCGCUGAUGGCCAAGUCACCGUCCACGUCGCCGACCAACUUUGGCAGUGGCGGCAGCAGCAACAGCAGCAGCCACAGCAACAUCACAAUCACCACCAAUAAUUUACAUACAAACUAUAAUCAACAACAUCACCAACAACAGCAACAGCAACAACAUGUCGCCGCAGCAGCAGCGGCAGCGGUGCAACAGCAUUUAGGCAAUAAGCAUUCCAUAUCGUUGACAUCAUCGCCAAUCACAUCACCAACCAAAUCGAUACUCACACAAGUGGCUGCGGCGGCCAGCAGUGUCGGUGCUGGUGCCGUUAGCGCCACCAGCACAACAACCACGUCGCCGCCGUCAUCGUCGCCGCCAACCAUCCUAAAUAAUUUCAAUUCACAACACCAUUUUAAUCUGCAUCACAAUAAUCACCAGAUGGAUUUACAACAACAACAACAACAACAGCAGCAGCAACUGCAGCAGCAGCUACGCGAGCGCGAAGCGGCCAACGGUGGCCUCAACAGCAACAAUAACCAAACAAACAACAACAACAGUCCAAAUGGCGAACGCCUCUCGAACGCCACCGCCAUGGGCACAAUCACGCCCACCGGCGGUCACAGCCCCAACGGUGGCACACACCAUCAGCUCCAACAACAACAGCAGCAGCAGCAGCACAACCACGCCUUGGCGCAACACCAGCAUCAUCAUCAUCAACACGGCAACAGCACAUCGCCGUUCAAGCCGCCAAGCUCAGCUUCCUGUUGGUGUUAUGGUGAGUCAGUUUGUUCGGGAAUUGAGGUUGAAAUUGAAAAUAAUAACAAUUUCUCUCAUGGCGACUCUUCCUACCACAUGAAGAUCCUAGUGCCUGCCGUGGCCUCCGGUGCCAUCAUAGGCAAGGGCGGCGAGACCAUCGCCUCUUUGCAGAAAGACUCCGGUGCUAGAGUUAAGAUGUCCAAGUCGCACGACUUCUAUCCAGGUACUACGGAGCGCGUUUGCCUCAUUACCGGCUCCGUGGAUGGCAUUAUGUCGGUUAUGGACUUUAUUAUGGAUAAAAUACGUGAGAAGCCCGAUCUUACCACUAAGAUAAUUGACACUGACUCCAAACAGAAUCAGGAUCGUGAUAAGCAGGUGAAAAUUUUGGUGCCCAAUUCAACGGCUGGUAUGAUCAUCGGCAAGGGUGGUGCUUUCAUCAAGCAGAUCAAGGAGGAGAGCGGCUCGUAUGUGCAGAUUUCACAGAAACCCAAGGAUAUAUCGUUGCAGGAACGUUGCAUUACCAUUAUUGGCGAUAAGGAGAAUAAUAAGGCCGCCUGCAAGAUGAUACUGUCCAAGAUUGUUGAGGAUCCACAAUCCGGUACAUGCCUUAAUGUCUCAUAUGCCGAUAUUAGUGGCCCAGUUGCCAAUUUCAACCCAACUGGUUCACCGUAUGCCACCAACCAGAAUGCCAUAAAUACGAGUACCGCUUCGUUGAACUCGACUUUGGGCCAGAAUAUUGGCGGUGCAGCCACAGCUGCGGGUCUUUUAAUAAACGGCACCGGCAUCAAUCUAUCGCUGAACCUGAGUUCACCCAACCCAGCUCCGAACUUGGCGGUGGCCACACAAUUGCUUGAACACAUCAAGGUUGCUCUACGCGGCUCCGGCUACUCAGAAACCGCCACCAACGAAGUGUGCGCCGCACUUGGCGUACUCGCCAAAUAUGGCGUUUUGGGCAUGGGCGUCGGUGUACCGCAUGCCAAUGGCACCACCACACUCGGCAGUUUUCUGGGUGUUACGACGUUGGAUCAGCAGACAGCUGCCGCCGCUUCAGCAGCUACUGCCAGUAAUGUUUUCGGUGCUGUGGGUCAAGUUAAUUUGGAACAGUAUACAGCGGCAGCGGCUGCUGCUGCUGCAGCAGCUGCCAGCCGUCCGACACAGUCGCACCUGGAAGCGGCCGCCGCCGCGCAAUUCGACCCGUUCCGUCAUUUGAGCACAUCAGCCACAGCGGCACAGGCCACCACACCGGUAUCGCUGAACAACAAUAGUUUCGGCUUGACUGCGGCCACCGGUACUACGUGCACAACGGCGCAGAGCCUCAGCGCCGCAACGCAUACGCUUAGCGGCUUGAGCAAGAGUCCCACACCGGGCGAUCUGGGUGCUAAGGAUACCAAAAAUGUUGAAAUUCCAGAAGUGAUUGUUGGCGCUAUCUUAGGUCCAAAUGGUCGUAGUUUAGUUGAAAUCCAACAUGUUUCUGGCGCAAAUGUGCAAAUUUCAAAAAAGGGCAUAUUCGCACCGGGCACUAGAAAUCGAAUUGUAACAAUAACUGGUCAGCCGAAUGCCAUUGCCAAAGCGCAAUAUUUAAUUGAACAGAAAAUCACCGACGAGGAGACGAAGAGAGCGCGACAAAUUCCAUUAACCACUGUUGUGAAUUAAAGCGAAAAACCAUUUACACAAAAUAAAAAUUACAAAAUAAAACAACAAAAAACAUAAUAAUAAUAACUGAAAAAACAACAACAUAAUAUAUAACCGAAAGAACAUAUUUUAAGAGACAUUAAAAAGAAAAACAAAAAACCUAUAAUAAUAAUGCAUACAGAAGAGAGAAAAACAACAACAACCAUAACCUUAAAAUUAAAAUUGAAACGAAAAGUUAUAAAAUUAUAAAAUAUGUAAAUAGCAAAUAUUAAUUAAAAUGCUGAAGACGAAAAGAGCAGAGGCGAAAAAUAGUUAAUUUUGAAAAGUUGAAAAUUCAUAAAGUUUAAAAUUUCACAUCACAAAUUUAGAUGAAAGUUUUGAAAACACAAAAAUAUGUGCCGUCAAAACCACGAAUGAUGGCAGCGUGCAAAAGCAACAAAACGCAAAUAAAUUUUAAAAUAAAUAGCAAAAUACAAAAAGAGAGCAUUGUAAAUGAGAGGCGAAGAGAGAAGCGCGCUGCGUACAUUGUAUCAUAUGAAAGUAGAGAUUUUAAAGCAAGAAAUUUAGGAACAAUUUAUAUACCACAUACGAAACCAAGCGCGCGCUCAGCACGCAGAGAACAAUAACAAGCAAAACAAAAACAAAAAGAGCAACUGAAGUAAUUAAAUAAUGCAGCCAGAGAGAGACAAACAUACAUACAUACAUAUAGUGUAGCAAAUAAUUAGGCUGAGUUUUAUUAUAAUUUUUAAUAGCGAAAAUUUAACUAAUUAAAAGCAAAAAAGAAGAACGUAACAACAAAACAAAAACAAAAGCAAACAUACACUGUUAAGUAAUGUUAACUUCGUUAAUUGUAGUUGGAAAAGUGCGAAAUAUUUACUUGCAGCAAAAUAGUUAAGCUAAAAGCAAUUAAGUUAGCGCAAGCGAGAAGCAAAGUGCAGGCAAGCCAAACACCUGAGCAGACACAUACAAAUACAAAUAUAAAUACGUUUUUCACUUACAUACAUAGCUAAAUUGUAAAAAGUUAGAGAAAUAAAAGACACAAAUUGUUUGCGCUGAAAAUAUAUAGAAAUUUAAAUUUAAACGAAAUUCCGCUCCUGUAGUUAAAAUCGAAAUUUUUUCAGAAUAAAUUGCGUUUGUUAGAAUUAAAAUAUAAAAGUAAUAAGUAAAUAAAUUUUACACACCUUGCUACUUGUGCGCUGCAGUAAAAAAAAACUAAAGAAAAGGUAUUAACAGAGGCACUUUUGGGCACACACAAACACAUACACACGCACCUAAGUGGAAUUGUGGUUUUGAAAAAUAUUAGCAAAAUUUUUAAGAUCAUUUUUUUUGCUGUUUAAGUCAGUAGAUAACUGUGAAGCGUGUUAGCAAACAAAAUUAUUUUUUUUAUAAAUUCAAAAAUUUUUUACUUUAAUUCAAAAUUAAUUUAAAUUUUAAAUUUUAAUUUAAUAAAACGGUUUUAAGUUAGUUUUAGAGAAACUGAAAACUAAUUUUUUUAAUUAAAAAAAAUUGAAAAAAAUAAUAAAUAAAAAAAUACUAAAAGUUAUAAUUAAUUUUUUUUUGAUUUCAAAAACGAUUAUUUUAUUUAAGUUUGUUUUUGAGAAACCGAAAACUAAUUAGUUUUAAUUUAAAAAAAAUUAAUUAUAAUUAAAAAAAAAAUUAAUUAUAAUUAAAACAAAAAUAAUUAUAAUUAAAAAAAAAUAAUUAUAAUUAAAAAAAAAUUAUAAUUAAAAAAAUACAAUUAAAAUUAAUUUUUUUUAUUUAACUUUAAAAACUAUUAUAUUUUGGCUUCUCUAAAAAUAACCUCAAAUUUUUUUUAUUAAAUUAAAAAGUAAAUUAAAUUUAAAAUUAAAAUUAAAAAAAAUUAAAUUUUAAUUAAUUUGAAAUUAAAUAAAAAAAUAGUUUUUGGUUUCUUUAACAUUUUGAGCACUUUUAAUGCCGGACAAACACAAUGUCCACUUUGGCAAAAAUAAUUCGCCAAUGCUUAGUUCUAGUAUUAUAUACUAGCACUGCAAUAAGUUUUGGUUCUCAAAGUGUUAGCUACGCAAAAUCUGUUAUAUUUGGUGUGCCUAAUUUGGUAUAAUUUUAAAGCUUACUUUUUCGACUUUUGAGCGCUUCAGUUUUUGUUUUGUUACGUAUGUUUUUGUUAUUGGAAACUUUAUUGAAAAGCAGUUCGAAAUUAACUGAAUUUGAUAUAAAACGCGUUCUAAGAGUUUUUUGUAUACCACCGCCUCAUACUUAUAUACAUACAUACAUAUAUGGCGGUUGGUUAUCUAUGCAAUUAUGUUGAAAGAGUUGUUAAAAAUAUAAAAUAUAAUAUUAUGUUUGCGGUUAAUUUUGAUUGCUUUCAACUAAAGCGCUUGUUAUUGGGCUUAAGGCCUUAAGCUUUCUUGCAAUUUUAACUAUUUUUAAUUUGUUUUGAUAAUUUUAUAGAAAAAAAUUAUAUUUUGUUGCUUUUGAAACGCCUGUUGAGCAUUUUCAGUGAUAUAAAAGAAUUUUCGUUUACAAGCGUUGCAAAUAAUUACACUGUUUAACAUACAAUUGUAUACAGCAUUGUUUUAAGCACUUGUGGUUUGAGUUUGGUACGAACAAGCGUUAAAAAAGACAACCUGCAGCAAGAAAAACUAAAAAGCAAACAAAAAAUAUAUAUGUAUACAGUACUGAAAACCACGUCAGUAAAACCCCACGCCUGCGCCCUUCAUACAGCAUACCCAUAUUCUAGAAGGUAAAUAUUUAGCUUUAACAGUUACUUAGUAAUUUACGUGGUUGCUUUAAAAUAAUUUGCAUUAUUUUCUAAUUUUUAUUGAUCUCCCUGUUGUUUUUUUUAUUAUUUACAAGCCCAUAACAACGUACGUUUGUUUACUAAUAGAAGGCGUCCAUAAGCGUAUAAUGUGAAGCUUUAAGAUGAAAGCCUGCGGUGAAAGCUUUUUGCGUCAAAUGCGAAUUUGGCGCACGAAUUUGUGAUUUUCGCUUACUCCCCUGUCCAGCCCAUAUGCUAGCCUUUUUACUACUUAUUUCUCUACGUUUUGCCUUCCUCUUCCCGAUUUUUGUUGCUGACAAACUAUUUGCAUAUACAUUUUUGUUUAUGAUUUUUUUUUUAAUUACUGUGACUACACGGGCGUCAUUGGCGUUUUGAUUUGUGAUAUAUGGCACAACAACAAGAAAAUGCGCGGAUGUACAACUUGUUGUUGUCGUUGUGGCGGAUGAUACGGUGGUUGUUUGGCCGGCCGCCUUGUUGAUGGAAAGUGGUAAAAAUGUGUGGCGCGCAUUCUGAGUCUCCUUACAAUUUGAUUUUUUCGCGUUACACAUACAAAUUAUUACUUUUGCAAUUUUAAGACUAUUUAUGUUAUUUGUUUAUAUUCGAUUUGUACACAUUGUUUUUGAGUUUUUAAUUUUCGUACCGGAAAAUAUUCCCUUUUUUGAAACAUUGCCCUUGUACACACCUAGUUUACAUAAAGUGUAAGUUACAUAUUUACUAAGAAAGCUUUCAUGUCUAUUAAAUUAAUUUAACUAUAUACAUAUAUACAUUCGUAUACUUACUACAUACAUACAUACUAUUUAUGAUUUUAAGUUAUGCUACUUUUUAAUUUAAAAAAUGUGGCUAAACUAGUUAAAAACAAAAAAAAAACGUUAAUUACAUCACAAGUUGCUGUUAGCACAUUAAUUUAAUUGAAUUGUUGCUCACGCUUAGCCGAGUGCAUUGUACACGUGACCACCAUUGCAUGAGUCGUGAGUUCGUAGCACACACAGCGAAGUCAACUCACAAACAAGGCAACACUCAGGCGUGUGAAACUUUGAUAAUUACGUGAGCUUUUCAUGAAAGUUGUUGGCUAAACCGCGCGGAGGUCGCUCUAGCUUUUAAGUUCGGUGAUUUGUGAGCAUUCAUUGUUUACAUGUGAGCUUUCAUCGCGUGCGAAAGCGCAAACUGGCGCAGCAGCUCGGCUCGGUGUAAGGCCAUAUUUUUAUUAUGCUGUUUACCGUUACAGUUGUGACACUUAAAUUAAUUAUACACUCACAUACAUAUAAACACAUAUGUAGAUUAUAUUGUUUUCAUAGCGUUCGUUACUUUUAUAUGUGUCAUUUAUUGAUUUUAUUGUUUUAGUUAAAAAGUAAUUAAUUUUAUCGAAGAAAACAAAAAAGAAAAUGUGCAAUUCAGGUUUACUCUUACGUUUAGCAUUGUGUUUGUAAUUUUAAUUUCAAUAAGUUGCAAUCAAAUCUAUUUAGUCCAAUCAUAUAAGUGAUCAAAUAUGCGUAAAAAAGACAAUAAAUCAUAUGAAAAUGCAUUUUCCACACUAAAACAUUUCGAAACGACUUUCUGCAUUGAGUUUGACUAUCGAAGCGUUGCUAAUUUCAAACAUACGAAAAGUUAACAUUUUACGCAUAUUCGCACAUUAUUCCUUCAAUAACUCAAUAUUUCAAGAUCAUUAAAUUUAAGUGAAGAAAAACUGCAAUUUUUUUGUUACCUCUCUAUGUAAACACUUCGUGACCCCCCACUUGUACCACAUGCAAUUCAUAAGUUUUUAUAUAAUUUUUCAUAGCAAUUCAUUCAAAAUUCUAGUUUAGUUUCCGUUUUCCUUAAAUGUCUUUACAUUUUUUCCACAAAAGAAAGCAACAAACACCAAUAUUUUCAUAAAAAUUGUAACUAUUUAGUUUUUAUUAAAACACCUAAUUUUUAAGUACUCUUCAUUUUUGUAUAAAUUGUAAUUCUUUAAGUGCAUACUAUAAAAAAUAUUAACAAAAUUAUAAGCGUAUACAUACAUUUACAUUUAUACUUUAAAUGGCUUUUCUUUAAAUUAUGUUAAAUGAAAUAAUCAAAAAUAAAUAUUUACAUAAAUGAAAAAUCGAAAAAAUAUCUUUGCGUAUUUAAUUUUUUCUUUUUUCUGUUUGUACAAAAUAUCAUCAACGAAAAAUCCUCAAAUCACGGGUAUCAAUCGACAAAUCAGUUCUGCGCCAUCACAUUUCCACCACUAAAAGUCACCAUGCGCAAUACCACUUUUCAACACACCACCCACAACCACCACCAAUCACAAUUCACCACCGACACCUAAGCUCAAGUAUCAAGUAUCACCAUCACCAACACCCUGCUCAAAAAAUGUCAGUCGAAAUCCGUUAGGCAUAAAGCAAUGAGAAUUUGCCACAAUUUUUCCCAUAAAACACCCGAAGUACACCACCAUGAAUAUAAAUUUGUUUUUUAUUUUUGUAACUUCUUCAUUAUUAUUUUUUUUUAUAAAAAAAAUGUGCCUUUUAGGCGUGUCAAAUUCACCACUUGUAGGAAAAUUACCGUUAAAUAAUAUAAAAAAUAAAAUUUGAAUCAGUUUUAAAUUUUUUUUGUUUCGUUUGCUCUGACGUAACAAAACUACAAAAUAUAAUUAUUUUGCAAUUUUUAGUUUUUUUUGUAAUCGGAUCUAGGUACUUUUAAAGCUCAUUAGAUUCACCACUAGUAAGAAAAUUUUAUAUAAAUAUAUACGUACAUAUAUAUUAAUAUAUGUUCCUUUGAAUCAGUUAUAUAUAUAUUUUUUGUUGAGGUUGCUCUGAUCACAAAGCAUCAUAAAUAAAUAACAAAGAAAGUGUAGUUUUCACUGAAAAUGCUCAUAAAUAAAACGAAGAAAUAUAUUUAUGCCACAUUUCUUUAAACAUCAGCAUAAACAUAUAUACAUUUGUAGCGUUAAAUAGGAGCUCCAUUCAUUCACUUGUGUACAUAAAGACAUUUGUCAUUUCGAAAAACCGUUAAAAGUGAAGAAUAAAGGGCUACAUACUACAUACAUAUAUACAUACACACAUGAUUUCUUUGAACAUAUUGUAAAAGUUACAUAACAUAUAAAUACAAAAAACAAACAAAAACAAAAACUUAUAUACUAUGUACAAGUGUAAUUAUGUUGUUAUUGCUGUUAAAAUACAUACAAAGCUACCUACGUAUUAUUUGCAAAUAGUGUUCGUGAAUGCGAGUCAUUGAGUCAGUCAGUUUGUUGUUUAAUGAUGUAGUAGAUAGGGCCGUUAGGGACCCAAAGCGCAGAAGUGAUCCACAAUUGUUUGUUAAACUUAAAUAAAUAUUUAAAAGAAAUAGAAAACACAUCACAAAUGGGUGAUAUGAAGCGUACGCUAGAAAGUCAAGGUAUUGCAGGCACAAAAAAUGCUUUCAGAGCGGCAUUUUGUGGUUUGAAAAAUGUUGAUUUUUGUGUGGACUGCUGCUUCAUGCAAUUAAGCGUGAAAUUGCAGACGAAGUGUCUUUGAAGAUUAUAUAGACAGCUAGUAUGCAAUAAAAGUAACUGAAAUUAUCACUAAUUGUUCUAUAAUGCAGUAGAUAACUACUAAAUGUAGGCAAUAAAAGAUGGUAUGCGAUAGCUUCAGAACUGAAGUUUCCAAUGUGUUGCGCGCCUUGAUGUAUGCAACGUUUUGAAAUUUCAAAUGCGUUGUGCGCCUGGAAGUAUGCAAUGAUUUUUAUUAUGUACCUUAAAAAGAAAUUAAUAAAAUUUAUAUGCAAUGAGUUUUGCAUGCAUUGAGUAUUAUAACUUAAUAAGCUUUAAAGUUUGUAAAAUUAAAAAAAUUAAGCUUUCAGGCGUAUUGUGGUUCACUACAGUUUCUCCAUGACUUCGGCAGAAGCCUGUAGAAAAUCAAAUAAAGUCGGAUUUAAUAGUAAUCGAAUUUCCGAAAUUAUUGCCGCCUUUAAAAAAUACAAAAAUAACGGAUUUUAUUUCUAUAAAAAUAAAUUGAAGAAAAACUUACACAUGCAAACUGAUUGCAACAGCUAUGCAUUUUGCAAACUUCGUGAAGUAGAAUGAGACACUAUACUGUGCGCCAAAAAGUGCGCCACAGUUACUGCAUCCAUUUGCAAGUAGACAACUUGAGAUAUUGAACUCAAACGAGCGAGUUGGAAAUAUUUUUUUGAAAAAAUGGUGCAAAUUUCGCAUUUGCGCCAAAAAGUAGGCCACAGUUACUGCAUUCAAUCCCAAGUAGACAAAUUGAGACAUUGAACUCCUCUCGUUUGAGUUCAGAAUAUUCGGAGUAUUUGCGCAGAACUCUCAAAAAAUCGUGCAAAGCUCCCAAAUAUGUCAACAGCGCGCACUCAAAAAUCAACAGGCAAUCCACAAACUGCUGCCGCAGCAAUAAUUCCCUGCUAUCAAACAAAUCCAUAUUGUUAUAUGAAAACCACCAACAAUAAUAAUAGAAAAUAUGCAAUAAAACCAGAAAGAUGCGCAGCGUCGUGUUGCCGAGCAUAGUUAUUCUUUAGAAGCGUUGUUUAGAAGCAGUCAUUGUUACAUACAUACAUACAUACGUACAUAUAACCUUUAAAUAUAUAUUUUAACAUUAACAAUAACAACGCGUUGUCAUAUGAGAAUUUGUGCAAUAUAAAAACACACAUACACUUAUAAAAUAAUGAUUUAAAGUAAGUAAACUAUUUGUUAAAUAUCAAUACUUUAUUAUUAUUUUUUGUUUUUAAAUUGCCUUUGCGUGUUAUUUUCACUUGUUUCAAACUUUUUGCAAAGGAAAAACAUGUAACUUAGAAAGUAGUUUAUAAAAAGUGCUUUCACUAGGUAACAACAACAACAAAAUGUUACAAUUAACAUUAGUAUAUGGUGAUUUUAUUGCUAGUGCGCCUGCAAGUAGGCUAGAAAAGUUUAAAAUGCAAGUUUUAUUUGAGACAAAAAUAAAAGUAAAAAAACUUAUGAAAAUUAAAAAUAAAUUAUUACUUAAGACAACUCAAUAAUGCAUCACUUGAGUGCGAUUUACUUUUUAGCAUUCACGUAAAAAAAAGUAGUAAUUUUUUCUGCAGCAUUGGUGCGUUUCGAAAUUUUUUCAUUGUUUUCGACAAGAUCAUCUUUGCUAGGCCUUAAAAUGUAUUAAAUUUCUAAUAUUUAAUAUUGAAAAUGAUUAGUAAUUGUAUAAGUAUGUUUCAUGAUUAAUUAAGUUGUUGUUGAGUAAAGCACACAUAUACACACACACACUCAAUAACACAGCCUUAUACAUAUAUAUAUAUAUACACUCGUUAAUUGCCUGUAGAAAUGUGCGAGUUUUUGCAAUACACAAACAACAACACACAUUGAAAAAUAGCAAGAAAUCCGUUAAAGAAAGAGACGAGGAAAGAGAACCAAUGCAAUAUUCAGCGAAAUUCAAAUUUAAUUAUUACCUAAUAGAAAUAGCAAUAGAAAUAGAAAAAAAAUAAAGUAUCGUUGACAAAUGUAAAGUACUGUUAUGUAAAUUCAAUUCAACUUAUCAAAUACAAUUCAAUUAACUCAAUAAUAAUGUAAUGUAACAAGUAAUUAAAUCAGUACAUAUAUACAUACAUACAUAUAUGUAAGUAAUAAGUUGUAAAAGCGAAAAUAUAUAUACAUACAUACAAACAUACAUAAUUCAAUGUGAAAGUACUAAUUUUAGUAGGCAAAUUAAUUAAAAUGGUAGUUAAAAAGAUUUAUUAAAUAAAGUUUAAAAUAAUUGAAAAUUAUAAAAAAAAUAUUUAAAUAAAAAUUUAAACGAAAUUCCCGCAUUUCCCAGCAUUCCCAUUUUUGGCACACGUAGAACUACUCGCAACCUUCCAAUUCUCUCCGUUAAGCAUACCACAUAAGUACACACAUACAUACAUACAUAUUCAAACAUAUAUCCAUACAUGUUUGCAUACAUAGCGGAACAUCGAAUUGGAUCAUCAACAAAUGCCGCAUGCGCAACCAAAUUCAAUUCCAUUUCGCAAACAACUACAAACAUACUAUAAAGACUCGUAAAGACGCGAGCGUAGUAAGGAAAGUCAAAAGAGGCAAGGAAAUAUUUUGUAGCAGUAAGUCUAUAGAAAAAUAAGAAGAAGUCUAUAAGCAUACGGCACACACAUACAUACAUACAUAUAUGUAUGUGAGUGAGUCAGAAAUUAUGCUCAGAGAGGCAACAAGCAGAGAAUAGAGAUGGCUGAAGAAUAUGGUUCGGAACUGUCGGAACAUAAAAAUCAUGUUAUACUUUACAAAAACCGCAAAAACUUUUGUUUAAUAUGUUUUUGAAUUAGGCUUUACCUUUAAAGUGAACCGUUAAGAGGGACUUUCCAUUGACUCAAUUUUUAACUCAUCAAAUGGUAGUUGGUGUUCAUAAUUUUGGCUGCUGGUACUAUAGACUUAGUAGUAUAAAAAUCAGAUAAUGGUUUUCAGAAAGUUUUUCGUUCAUGUUGAUUUGCUCUUGAAAGUAGCGAUAGAGAAUUUUUGCUAACACUAGAACGCAAUAUUAUAUACACUCUGGGCCACGCAAACCUUACCACUAUACUUUCUUAAUUUUUUUUUGGGACUUUUUCGUGCCAUCCGGAUUUUCUUCAAUUUUGUUUUUUUUUUAUGUUUGAAGUAAGCAUAAGUAAACUAACUUAUAUUAUCUAAUUAUAGUUAUAGUUUUUAAUUUAUUACCUUUAAUGUGUAAAACACAAACAAGUGUAAUUAAGGCUAUGUUCGUAAAUGCAUCAUGACUUGCAGCAUAAGCAACAGUAGCAACACUGCAAGUUUGACGUUUGAUACUUCUUAUACAAUUUUUGACAAUUUGCAAAUACAUUUGUUUGCAUUUUUGAACGCGUAUAGUACUAAAAUGGAAAUUUUGCUGAAUCUAACACUAGACGAAAUUUGUGAGCAAAGAAAUGAUAGAUUUUCUUUAAAUUUAAGAAAAAGAAGGGUAUUGAAGUAAAAAAGAAAAAUUUGUAGGUACAAAUGUUUGUCUUUAAAAAGAAAAAUACCUAAAAACAAAUCAUUUAUUAAAACAAUAAAGUCGUUUCCCGAGGACAUAUUCAACCGUACUCUCAGCAAUAACUGCGUCUCCGCAUUACUGAAAUUUUCACUAAAAAAUUAAAAAUAAUAAUUUAUACAAUUAUUAUUAACAUAAUUUAACUAAAUUCCAAUACAAAAAUUAAAAUAAAACAGUUUUGCACUUACUUUUCGUCAGACAUCGUAGUUAAAUGCAGUAAACAAUUUUUUGAUAGAAAUUAUGUAUGACAGUUGAUAGAAGUGUUGCUUUUUUGAACGCUUGAUUAUUGCAGUGUUGCAAUAUUGCAUUUCUGAACGUUCUGUUUGUUAUGCAAUCGUCAUGAUGCGCGUCAUGAUGCAUUUACGGACAUAGCCUAAAUUAAAUUUUAAUUAAAUUAAAUUUAAAAAAAAAUAUUAUUUUUUCAUCGCUUGUCAUUCUCUUACAUUUCAAGCUCAUUUUGUAAAGCUCACUAUCUUUCAAUUUAUUUAGGUAUAGCUGAGUGUGUUUUGUUUUUAAUUUUUAAUAUUUUUGAUUAAUGACAUGUGAUUAACGCUACAAAAUGUAGUCAAAUAUGCACAAUACUUGAAAAUUUUGAGUGGUAAGGUUUACGUGGCCACGAGUAUAUAAUUUUUGGAGUUACAUAAACUUGUUUGAAGAAUUGCUAGGUUAGAUUCAGUUUAAGGUUAUUUGAGGUAAGCUUAAAGGUAUUUGGUAGAAUAAUCCAUAACUGAGUCUCUUAAUCCAUUCCGCUUAGAAAUGCUUCUGACAGGACUACUUAUAUACCGCUUCUUGAUAAAGCCAUAAUCUAGAUAAAUACUCUCUCAAAAGCCUUCCAACAAGCGGUAUAUUAGAGUCCUCAUAAAAGAGUUUCAAUAUGAAUCGAUUUUUAUAAAAAAUAUGAUUUGAAAAUUUAAAAUACCUUUAAAUGGUCGAAGAAUUCAAACGCUUUUCGAGUAUUUCGUUUCGUAUGCCUAAAAUGCGGCUCGUCUUUGGAUCGGUUAAGUUUGGUAUAUGUUGAAAAGUAUUAGCCUCUUCGCGAAAUUAGCAUACAGUGUUAAAUAAAAAAUUAUUUUACCAUAAUUGCGACGAUAUUGCGACUCUUAUCGUUUGUUAGCAUAUCCUUCAAACAUAUUCACACACACAAUCAACACACGCGCCCAUCUGCACCCGUAUAUCGGAACUCUAAAAUGCAAAGUCACAUGACAACUUCACAUACACACACAUUCACAUAAAAAUUGCAAAAUUUUUUUCAUAAACAAGUGAUUUUAUUAUAUACAUAUAUGCAUAUACACAUAUAUACACAUAUGUAUGUGUGAGCGUUUUCACAGUCAACAAUAACAAGAUCAGUUACAAGUAACUACAACAACCAUACAUACUUCGCAUUCUCAUUCGCAUCUUUACAGAAUCAGCUUAAAUCAAAACAGUUCGGAACAAAGUGCAUCGGAUAAGUAAAAGUUCGGGUACGAAAACGAAUACUAUUAUAUGUACGAGUAUGAGUACGAAUACAAGUACGAGUACAUUUACUAGUACGAGUACCAGAGUUGAACGUAAGUCAUGUCACAUUCGCUCAUCAUACAUCAAAUAUACCAAUUAUUACUCGUACAGACAGAUAACGGCAAUUUUGUCCAUGUGCCGUUAUAAUGCCUUAACAAUUCAGAAAAAAACAACAAAUUGUAACACAGUAAAAACAGUCGUACAUCGCCGAAUCCACCAACGCCACUUCAAUCACAACAAAGCCACCAUCAACAAACACCACAAUCACCAAACGCCACCUUCACCAACCGUCAACUUCCAACCACCUUCAUAACCACAACCACCAUCACCAUCAGCACCACUGUAUUCACCACUGUCACCAACCGUAAUCAGAGAUCAUCCUCAUUUGCAUCCGAAUGAACAUCAAAAUUAUAAAUCACAUCCGAACCACUUCAAUUGAGCGAGAAAUAUUCAUAAAAUGUGAAGCUCCAACUUCAUCUAACUUGAAGUCUUAGACAAAACGAAGCAAAUAAAUUUUAAGAAGCAAAGCUAAGCUUAAUGAAAAAGAUAUAUAAGCGAAAAAGCGAAACAAAUACAAAGUUAAAGUACUGGAUCUGUGAUAUGUAAUUAAUAUAUUUAAAAGAAAUAUAAAUAUAUAUAUAAAUAUAUAUAUGAAUAUGAAAAUUAUUUAAAGACGUUGAUGAAAAGGAAGCAAGAAAAGUGUUAGAAAUGAGCACGAACUCAUGAAGAAAACCAGUCAAAGCGAAAUAUGUUUGUCGAGUGAAAGGGGUGGAGAAGUAAAGAAAAACGUGGGAGAACGGGAAGAAGGAGAGGGCGCUGAAGGUGAAGUUGUUAAAGUUGAUUACAAUAAGUAUGCGAAUGAGUAUGCGAAUGUUAAUUAAUAUGCAUCAAAUGCAGACGAUAUGCGAUAUUAUUUAAAAAAUGCAUAUAUGUAGUUAAUAAAAUAUGAAACAAAAAUACAAAAUAAAAUUAUUCUGCGCAUAAAACCAUAAGAGAAUAUUAAAUGCAAAAAUCGUAAAAAAAAAUAAUACAAACACACCGAGAAGUUAAAGUAUUUGUGAGAAGGAGGGCGAAACUAAGGUGCAAUAAAAAGCAAAAAACAAAAAACACAACAAACAUUCGAUUUUUGAGCGCAAAACGUGAGAGAAAUUUUAAACACACAAACACCACAAAUACAAAAUUUUAAUGCUGUGAAAAGGAUCAUCUGAUAUGCGAUUCAUACACACACAUAUACCAUUGUAGAGUGCUGCGGGCAGCGUGAUUGAGCGGCUUGGCGGCCUGCAAGCAAAAAGCGUGGUAAAAGGUUUUAGGUUACAGUUACUAACUUUUGGCCAAAUACAUGCCAGCAUAACAAUUUCUGGUAGCCUAAGUAAGGUUAUAAUUAUGACCAUUGCAAGGCCGCUGUUAUUAGCAGCAAUCCGCGUCUUUUCCUGCAGGCUGCGCGUUUGUCUUCAACUACAUUUGAAUAAGAGCAACUUAAUUAACAACCAAAAUGUGAAAUACUUAAAGUACCUUAGCGUUUUUUGGCAUACAACACAUUACACUACUGUACGUACUAUGCACGUACAUACGAAUCGCGACGAAGCAAAUUUCAGUCACCGCGCUACAUGAAAACUACGAUCAAAGAAAAAAAAAACACAUUUACAUAAUUUUUGUUUCGUAUAAUAAUCGAUAUGAGUAUUAAGCGAGUCUUUUUGGAAUAAAACUUAAAAAUAUUCAAUAAGUCAUUGCUAGCAAACGCUAAGUUUCAAAAUGAUUCUGAAACCAGUCGAAAUUUUUGAUUUUUGUUAAAGCAGUGUAUACAAAUCUCUGCCCGAGUGAGUUAGCAAGCCAAGUAAAGUAACCUUAUCAAAAAUGCUGAAAAAAGAUUAACAGGCCACUUUCCCUAACAAACUUUUAACAUAAAGCUUAAAUAUUUCUUAAUAUGUUUCUUUCUUAAACUUAGGUAAAAGAAAUGUUGAGAGUGAGCCCUUUGGACUUUAGCAAGAUGUAUCUGAUUUAUUAAUCAAUGACAUAAUUGUAAUACAAAGGAUUUUAAAAAUUGACGGAUGGUAUUUAAUUACUUGAGUCUUUGCUGCUGCUUUUUAAGAGCCACAACUAGUUAUACAGUGAAAGUGUGUGAAGAAACGACAAUCUCAAUUGUUUUAAAAUCCUUAGGGAUACAUAUACUUAAUACAUUUGCAGUGGUCAUCAUCAAAAUGGGGGUCCCUCAUCCGAGGCUGUUUUCUUAUAUUCAUUAAAAGUGUUUUUUACGUGGCGGGUCCCAAACCAAGCGCACAACCCUGUGGAGGGGAUGUUUCGCCUUCCCACUGUAGCUCGCCUUCAAACGGAUGUUUUCGGGCUACUCAGAGGAUACUUGGCCGAAGACCGAAAGUCGUGAGCUACUUGAGCAAUAUAUAAAAUAAUCGUUUCUGGUCACUCACAAGUAAAUGGCGCUCGGAGAACUUUCCUCACUUGCGUGAACUUCUACACACGGCUCCAUCCUCCUGAAGAUAUAAAUACUUAUGUAUGAAUAUGUAUAAAGUUUAAGAAUGCAUAGACAAAUUUUUUAAGAAAACAACUAAAUAUUGUUUGAGAUAUAUGUAGAUCUUCAAGCCUCCGAAGAACAAGUCAUCCACUCUUGUAAUGAUUCCGCUCUUAUCCGAAACAUAAAACACUUUCAUUGUAAGUUUUGUCCAUACAGUAAACUACGGUCGAAAAUUAUGAAAAACUUACAAAAAGGUAGCGUUGAUUUUUUUUGAAUUUUGGCCAAACUUGUGAUUGUUUUUACCUGCAAAAUUCAAUUCUUUAUUAGCUCAAAAAACUAGUAAGUCAUUGUACGGAGAACUUCUUACAGAACAUGCAGAAAAAGCUUAAUACUGAUUGGAACAUUUGUCUCAGCGGCUUCACUUUGGAGGCAUGUAACUCAAAAACUAUCUGAAAUAUCGAUUUAAGAGUAUAGUAUGCAAUUUUUCAAAAGAAAAACGAUAGAAAACAGUCUUUUUUGUGGCUAGAUAUGCUCCAUAGAUCUUGACGCAGCCUUAGCUCAUUUUCUUUAAGUCACAAGUAUAUUUUAUUAUAUUUCUCUUGGCAUGCUUCGUCAUCGUGUUGAGAUACCUAAGUGAAGAGAGUGGUUUUGUAGAAAAAAUUAUAAAGCUUUUGGUUAACUAAUAAAUUCUUCCAAAAAUAUGUACAGCAUGAAAAAUUUUUUGAAUCUCAUAGUACGUUUAUAAUAACAGGUUCAACGUUCUUAAGAGGCAAAUUCAUAGCAAAGCUCAGUGAAGCGUGUGACUAUUUUGACAAACGAUUUUCGGUAAAAUGCAUUUCAUGAAAAUUUUUAAAACAGCUUGGAAUACAAAGAGUCGAAGUAGAUAUGUAUUCAUAAAAUCCUAAAUUUAUGCAAAAUUUUUUGACCUGACGAUGUUAGGUGUAUUUGAAAAUAUCUAAAGCGCUGGAGACGACUGCUGCUCGUUUCCAUGACUGUGGGGUCUACGUAACCGGAAGGGACCCGGACAACAACUACUAUUCGUGGAAUAAAUCGCAGAUUCACUUUUUUCACUUUCGCUUGCAAACACAUACAUAUGGUACAUAUAGACACAUACACGACUUAGCAGCAGAGCGGGGUAUAAAUUAAACAAUAAGCGUGAAAAAACGAAAUUUGUCCAAAAAAUUACAAUAAUUGCACAGAAGUUUCUAUUUUUCUCUUCACACUAAUUGACGCGCGCAUCAGUCAUUGGAGAAACAUGCAAAUAUUUAACAUAAUAUCACGUUAUUGCUAUAAUUUGGCUAAAAUUAUUAACAAAAAGUUGUAAAAAAAUAAUAAUAGUAAUUUUAUAGAAGGAAAAAUAUUUGAAAGAAAAACUGAAAACAAUUGAAAACUAACUGUAAACAGCAUGUUGCAUAAUUUUACUUAAAUAUACAUACACACGUGCAUUAAUAAAAAGCUACAUACAAACAAAUAUAAUUAAUAUAUAUAUAGAGAGCAUAUAUAUAUUGAGGUAAACCUAAAAAGAAUAGAAUAUAAAAUAAAAAAAUGAAAAUAAAAAUAUAAAAAUUAAAUAAAGCAAACAAAUAUAUACGUACAUAUAGGAAAAAUUGUUUUCUUCACAUUUUAUUUACAUUUGUUAGAGUAAUUUUUAAAAUUAAACAAAUUAUAUACAUACAAACAUAUAUACAUAUGUAUAUGUAUGCAGGAAAAUAUGAGAAUAUUUGAUUUAACUAGUAAAAAAACUAAACGAGCAUAACUGUAAGCGCGAAGCAAGAAAAUAACAGUAAAUAUUUUAAUAGAACAAAACCAAACUAAAAAAACUUUUCUUAAAAUUCAAUAGCAGAGUCUUUUAGCAUCAUAGUACUAUAUAUACAUACAUAUAGAUGAUAUGUAUAUAAUAUACAUAUAUACAUACAUAUUGUAUAUUCAGUGGUUAGUUAUUAAACAAUUCGUAAAGCAAAGACAAAUUAAAAAAGAAAAAGAACUAUUUAGUAUAACACUAAAACAAAUACUGAAAUUCUACAUACUAAACUACAGUAGAACCUCAAUAAGCGAGACCAAGGGCGCGCAUACAAAGCAAAAUGGUGGCAAUAAGUUGGGGAAAGCAGCGGAGUAGAAGAAGCGUAAAAGUAAUCAAGUAAUAAUUCAUGUAUUGCAUAGUUUAAUUUGCGAGAGACCAAGUGUGGUGGGCGAAGCAACAAAGUACUUGCUGGCUAAUUCACCACAGUUGAAAGCAGUGGUGAGGCCUGAGCAGAGCUGUUAAAUAGUUGUUAAGUUGAAUUGUCGAUAAAAGUUGCUGUAGUAGAUUUAAGGCAAAUGAGAUUUAAGGCAAAAGAGAAAUGUAAUGAGAAAACAAACUGCAACAACAAGUACGCUGAUAAUGACACUUAUUAAAGAGUAAUAGCAAACGCGAGCAACAAUGUAGCAAACCAGCAAAGGGCAAUUGCAAUGAAAGAAUGUUGAAACAAAAAAAAAAAAAAAAAAAAAACACUCAAGUAAUUUUUAUUUAUUACAAGGCUCACUGUUAUUAGAACAAAUUUACAAUUUUUAAACUUAAUUACAAUCUAUUGAUUUAGUGCAUACAGAUUUCCACUCCAAAGUAAUGAAAUCGAAUUAUUAACAUUAACAACAACUACAAUUAGCAACAGUAACAAAUUUCGAAAAUUCACUGAAACGCAUAUGAUAAAUAUGAAAUACAUCAAACCCAUGCAUAUUUAUAUAUAUUUAAGUGCAUAAAUCUAUAUACAUAUAUAUAUACAGUAUAUACCUAGCGAAUUGUUGUAAAUGCAGUGGACCUGCGUUACUCUGACAAACCUUCGAACGAAACCACAAAUAUUUUAAAAUCAGCUGUUGAAACUUCAAACAACACAACAAACAUGUAAGCAUACAUAUAUUUCAAGCAAAAACAAAAAUAAACACUAAAACAAAAGACAACCUAAAAAUCUAAUAGAUCCAAAAUGUUAAGAAGAAAAGAAAACACAAAAACCAAAUGGCGAUUCCAAAUCCAAGUGAUUAUUUAAAAUCUUUAAUCCCAAAUUAAAAUACCAAACUUCAAUAUUUACAAAAACAAAAACAAAAACCAAAACCAAAUAGAAAGAGAUAAUUGUAUUGAAUUAGUAGUAAAUGAAACAAAAAAUCAGUAAGCGUAAAUGCCAUAAAGAGAAACUGUGAUUGCGAUGAAAUUCCCUCGGAGUAAAAAAUAAAAAUUCAAACUAAUAUAACAUACAUAAAUAAAUGAAAAUAAACAACAACAACAAUUAACUAAACUACAACUCUUUUGAGGAGCUGUGGAGGCGUGAAACUUCAUCGAGAUUGGCGUUGCACCGAGUGUGGUAGAGGUGUGUACGAGGUACGAGCGGAUUGCUGAUUGCGAAUUGCAACCUUGCGUAUUGCCCAUAAACGCAUUCAUCGUUAUCAAUUUUAAAGAAAAUUAGUUCUUAGCGUGAUAUACAUACAUACAUAAUUGCAUACAUACAUUAAUUACAUAAUGGGCAUGAAAUCAAUAAAAACAAUUUAACAUUACAAAAAAAAAAUACAAAA